UUCAUUCUAUCAGUCAUAAUUUCGUACUUAUCAAAGUGUACUUGCGUGGAAUUAUAUUAUUGUGCUUUUAUUAAUUAAUAAUUAUUUCAUCACAUUUUUUGCCUUAUAUUUGUAAUGUUUUUCAGUAUUAUUUUGUUCAUAUAUUUUUUAACAACUUUGUCAGCUUCACAUAAACAAUUUGAUUUAAUACAACCAAAUCAAAAACAAACAGGUGAAGUAAUUUUGUGUCGUAAUUGCGGCAAUGAUGUUACAGCAUCUAACUUCAUAAUUUCCGAAUCCAGCCCCGAGUCUCGCUACACUUUCAAUGACACUUUAUUUAAUAGAGAUGAAGUUAUGGUUCAAAUGUUACUUAGCGAUUUCUUCAUUCAUUUUCCUGUAAUAACUACUACUCAAUCAAGUUGUAUGCCCACAGGGGAGUGGAAAGACAUUGAUUCUUGGUUCCCUGACUAUAUUUGGAGACCAUGCCUAUGUCCCGAGUGUGGUGCAUAUAUUGGACGUGUGUUCAAACCCUCUAAGUCGAAUAAAAUAAAUUCGACUGAGCAAUUUUAUGGUCUCAUACUGGAGAGUUUAAUUGGCGAAACUUUUACAGAUUCUAUAAUUCAAUAUCCAACUAUAUUGGGCAACUAAAUAUGACUGCCACUGACAACCUUUCUGCUGAGGACAAGGAGUUCUUAGCUAAAUGUGAAGAAGAGCUAAAAGAUAGAUAUACAGAUAAAGAUGAAGAAUUCAUGAAGGUAUUUAAUGCAGAUGCCCCAAAACCACCAAUCAUACCAUCAUGGUGGGUGCCACAAGGUCCUGGUCGAAGAAACGAUAGACGUAAUAACAGGCGCGACCACUCAUACGACCGGUAUGGCAAUAGAGAUGACAGGAGAGGGUUCCACCACAGGAGAGACAACCACAAUCGGAGGCAUUACAAUGACUACCACUAUGGUGGCAGAAGUUAUGGAAACCAACAUUAAUUAAAUUAAAUAUUGUAUUAUUAAUUAAGACUGGUGUAUGGUUAUAAGAAAUAAAAUUAGUUCUUUUUCAAAAGAA